AGCUGUAUGCUUGAAUUUUGAUACACAUGAUAUGCUGCAUGUGAAUUCAUUUUCAGAAUGGAUAAGAGUGACGUAGAGAUGGAGGAUGCCGAAAAGAAGGUUCAUGAUACUGUGGUAGAGUCAGAAACUAAUAAGCUUGAUUCCAGUUUGAAACCUGAAGGGACUGCUGUUGAUGGCCAACAGUCCACCGCGUCGCCCGUGGAGUGCCAAGACAGUGCUAAAACCGAGGCGGAACAAAAUAACCACUCUGAGAGUGGGGCUAAGAGUCCGAUGCCUGCUAAAAAUGGGAAUGGACAGCAGAAAAGUGAUGCGGUGGAAGGUGAAAGCAAUGUUAAUGAUGAGACAAUGGACCAGACUGAUUCAAAGGGUGCGGUAGAGGACCAGAGGACUGCUGCAAGCGAGACAGCGAACCAAAGUGACACUACAAGCCAUCCAGAGACUCAAGGCAUUACAGUAGGUGAUGACCAAAACAAUGCUACAGGUGGAACACAAGGAGAAGCCAAAAUUGAGAAAAAAGAAGGGGAUCUUGAUGCAGAUGCCGCCAUGAAGAAGGAAGAACCUAUUGGAAAUGUUGCAGACCAUGAUACUGGAGGUGUAAACAUGCAGGUACAUGAGGAGCUACCUGCUAAUGAAGUAGGUAAGAGUGGCAACGAGGUGAAGGAAGUUCAUCAGGCUGAGGACUCAAACAAAGAGGUUCAUCAAAAUGGGGAUGAUAUGAUGGUUGAUGAACAGAAGGAAGUGGAACAUAAAACUAAUGCCACAAGUGUUACCGCUGAUCAUGAUGCUAGAUCGAAUGAGUUGUCAGAGACAAAAGAUGAUGUUAAGAAUACUGCUAUUGCAAAGAUGCCAGAGCCAACCACUCCAAAUUUGUCGGUGAAAUCUGCCGCUGGAAAAGCUGGACCGCAUACUGGGGAAGCAUCAAAUAAAAUCUUCGAUGAAGCAAAGAUGGCUGAUGAUGAGGAUGAAGAUGAGGAUUGGAAUGAUGAUGGGUCACCAGACGAUCUAGCAGCAUUUAUGAGAGAACUUGAAAGUUUUUACAGGGAGAGGGCGAUGGAAUUUAAACCACCUAAGUUUUACGGGCAUCCUCUUAAUUGCCUGAAGUUAUGGAGAUCUGUGAUCAGAUUGGGUGGCUAUGAUCGGGUGACUGGAGCCAAGUUGUGGAGGCAAGUAGGGGAGUCGUUUAAUCCCCCCAAGACUUGCACAACUGUGUCCUGGACAUUCCGCAUUUUUUAUGAGAAGGCCCUUUUAGAAUAUGAAAGGCACAAGACACAAAGCGGAAAGCUUCGACUUCCUGUUGCUGCUCUUCCUGAAGCAGGUGGCGACAAUGAGGGAAAUGGUCAUCAAACUCCUGGAUCAGGCAGGGCGAGAAGAGAUGCUGCUGCCCGUGCUAUGCAAGGAUGGCAUGAGCAACGUCUUCUUGGUUGUGGCGAGGUUGGGGAGCCAAUUGUAAAGGAAAAGAAUGCUAACGUUAUGCCAAAGCGUGAGAAGAAUCUCAAAAGCAUUGGUUCUAUAAAACACAAGAGACCAGAUGAAGUGGAACGCCCUUCAAAAGUGGCAAGAACUGAAACAUUUAAGCAGUUGGUUACAACAGUUGUUGAUUUGGGACCUCCAGCUGAUUGGGUAAAAAUCAAUGUGCGAGAAACAAAAGAUUGCUUUGAGGUCUACGCUCUGGUGCCUGGGCUUUUGAGGGAGGAGGUGCGGGUUCAAUCUGAUCCUGCUGGUCGUCUGGUCAUAACUGGUCAGCCGGAGCAACUUGACAACCCUUGGGGUAUUACCGCCUUCAAAAAGGUAGUAAGCCUGCCUGCUAGAAUCGAUCCACUACAGACUUCUGCUGUUGUAAGCCUCCAUGGACGGCUCUUUGUUCGUGUACCAUUUGCAUAGGGAAAUUGGCUUGAGGGAGUUUUGAACAUAUAGCUGAACUUGAUUGACAAAGCAGGGAUGCUGGUAGUUAACCAACGUCGGUGAGCGUCACGUUGUGGAUGCUAGGCCUUAGAUUGUUGGACUUGUGUAUGAUUAGUUUGUUCAGAUUAGUUGGUAACGUUCUGUGGGCCAAAACUUGAAGCUAGGAACCUGACAGCAAAGGAGGCAUGUCCGGCUACAGCCGCCCUGUGACACAUUUUUUAACUUUGGGAUUGAGGGGAUUUAUGAGUAGAAUAGCUAGAACCUUUUUGUUGUUCUGAUGGUAAUAUUGAUACUAAUUUAUUUUUAGUUAGCAUUUGACUGUCCA